AACCACCGUGAAACAGCACUCAGGGUUUCGGAGCAACUCACUACCACAUCUGGAACUAGAACAAUGCGCAAUGAUGUUAACGCUGCGAAGGACACAGCAGAGAGGAGAUUCACCACGUUGCUGCUAUUUCCGGAUAAUCCCGUUGUCUGCCUCGAUGCUUGUGACAGUCUACGGAGAUCGCUUCAAUAUUUCAUCUGCAUCGGGUUCGACUCCAACCAGGAGUGACAGCAAAGUUAGGAGUUCCGAUCACAAAUUUCGCAGAAUCUGUCCAACGUCCGCAAGCAAUUAGUGUGGUAAGCUACAGCCCGAUUCUCAGCAGCACAGGCUGCGGCUAGGAAAUCAUACACCACCACCACCACGGCCAUUGCGAACAUGACAUUCCGUGCGGAGAGGCAACUAGUUUACGAAUGGUACACGCCAUCGCUACAGACAUCGCUAGAAUUUCUCAAGGCCGUGGGAUUCAAAGUGCUUCGGCAGGAGAAAGCAUUUGCGGAGAUGGCGUGGGGGUCGUCGUCUUCCGCCAACAGGCUCUUCGUGGAGCAGAUGGACGGGUAUAUUGAUACCUGCCCGGAUGUGUCCCCCGGGUACUCUGGAUACCAUGGUAAUAUCCGGAUACUGGUGGAGGAUGUGGAUGCCGUGUACCAGGCGGCCAUGGUUUUGAAGGGAGCCCGGGUAUUGAAACCUUUAGAGGAUCGAUAUUAUGGAUUGCGUGACUUCACCGUAGGUGGACCGUAUGGACUGGCUCUUCGCUUUGCUACUCCCCUUCCUGGAUUCACUGAAGAUUAAACAAGUGCUAGAGUUGUAGAAUGUGGUAGCAAUUGUUCAAUAUUAUCUCACGUGUUGUUGAAGUGUUCAAAUACUUUUGCUUGUAGACAUAAUUUAUAAAUUUUAAGAACUUGAGCUGUAAAGAGUGCAUUUCAAUUUUUGAAA